AUGGGCGAGACCGAGCCUGAAUUGACAUAUCACAAGCCAACGCCAACGUUCGACCGGGACCUGGAAAAGGCUGGUAGCACCGAUAGACUCAGUGUCUUCCGCGAGCAGGUCGGCAUCAGCGAUGUUCUUGAACUGAGCCCUCGAGCUUCGAGACGGCCAGCUCCAAAUCUCGGCAUUUACAAUCGAGUCUCAACAGAGGAACACAAAGCUAAGCUGCAGUACUAUUCCAGCGCUCUUGUCAUCAACGCGUGUCUCCUUACCCAGGUGAUCUUUGCGUCAGCUUUGACCGCUCUUGGCGCUGGCGGUGGGUCGCAUAUCCAGAUCACGGUCCUCGGUGCAGCGAACACCGUCAUUGCAGCCAUUCUCACAUUCACGAAGGGCUCAGGCUUACCCAACCGCUUACGUCAAUAUCAAUGUACUCUCCGCAAGGUGCGAGAAUACAUCGAGCAGAGGGAGCGAGACUUUGCUCAGCUGGACUGCCAGCUGGAUCUGGAUCACGAGAUGAAAAUCAUCAAAGGAAUGUACGAGCAGGCUCGCCAAAAUGAUGAGAAUAACGAUCCGGGCACCUACCAUAAUCCUACUGCAGCAUCGACCGCAAAUGGGCCGUUGACCGGCAAAACCCUAGUGAGCGAGCCGUCCUCCAUCCUUGGUCCCGACAUACGCCAGCCAGCCCCUCGAGUGGCUUCUGCAGUGGCUCCUCAGGUUCCUCCAAUGAAUCAGCCAAAGACCGAGGAGGACUUGACGCAUAACGAGCCUACACCGCUGGGCGGAGUUGACCGUUCGGCUACAGAUCCAGCGCCCCCGCGUAGAGAAGAUUCUCAGCGGUACAAGAUCGCCUACUCGGUUGCGGAUAGGUUAGUGUCAGGAAGGAAUCCGUGGUAG